AUGGAAUCUUUUGUAAGAUGGCAGAAGACCGAUGGUGUAGCAGUUUACAGCAAAACUGAACUAGGGAGCUACUUCAAGGAUUCAUCGUUCACUGCAACCCCUUCUUCAAGGCGAAUUCGCUGGUCUUUGAUCGGGUCAGCUACUACUAUUUUUGUGUUACUCUUGUGGAUUUGGUCAUCUAAAAUACACAAUAACGGGCUCCUUGUGGAUGAGGAACUACGUUCGAAGAGCCAGCACAUCGAGCAAACAGUACGACGGUAUAAUCUCACAGUUGGAGCGCGAUGGAUGAAUCUAGAUGGUGGCGUGUGGAGAGGUAUCUACGUUUGCAACGGAGAAACACCUUGUCCGACACUUUUCGCUGAAGAGGGAGACAUCGUGGAGUUGAACGUUCACAAUGACCUCUUUGCUCAGGUAUCUGUCCAUUGGUCGGGAAUGAAUCAUCGUAGGUUCGGUUUUUGGAACGACGGCACAGGGGGCUUAAACCAAUAUGGCCUCCUACAACGAGGGAACUUUACCUCACGAUAUGAUACCACAGGCCAUUGGGGACUGAACUGGUAUGCUGACCACACCGGUCUGGGUAUAAUGGACGGUGCUCAUGGCCUGGCUUACGUUGCGCCAUCGCCAAGGCGUCUCCGUCCUUAUCGUCGAAUCACAUCAUCCCCAACUGAGUUGGCCUUGAUUCACGAGGCAGAGCGGAGCGUUCGACAUAUGCUGGUUUGGAACUAUUACCGGCGAGAUGCCGGCUGGCGCGUCCUUGAGUUGAAAGGUGAAGGAACAAGCUUGAAUUGUUACGACUCUAUCCUAGUUAAUUCCAAAGGUCGACGACAUUGUCGCCACCCAGACUACCCCUCAAUUGACGGGAAAAGACUAGAUGAGUCUGGAUGCAUGAUUGAAGAAGGAAACGAUGGCGUUCCUUGCACUCCCACAAAAGCUGACUAUGAGGUGAUUGAGACUCAUGGAAGGUCAUGGAUCAUGCUCAAUAUUCUAAAUAUUGGAUUUGAGCAUGCUAUCCAUUACAGCAUCGACGAUCACAAGAUGUGGGUAGUUGCAAAUGAUGGCGGCUUCAUCGAACCACAGCUAGUGGAUGUUCUCUAUAUCACCAACGGGGCCCGGUAUACUGUGUUAGUGAAGUUAGACCAAGAAGGAAACGAUUAUACAAUACGCCUUGUGUCAACGAGCAAUCAUCAAAAUCUCUAUGGAUACUCAAUUUUUAGAUACCCAGCAUUACGAUACCCGUUACAUGGGUCUCCAAUGGAGAUUCACGAUCCCCCAAGCGGUUUAAGUCCAUGUGUGGAACUCAAUGGCUCCAUACAUCAUUCAUGCAAUAUAAUGAGAACAUCUUCUCUUGCACCUUAUCCGCCCUUGAUGCCCCCAAAGGCAAACCGUACCCUUCACUUUAAAAUUGAUAAACAGCCGUCUCGAUACGAAAAAUAUGUCACCGAGUUCUUCCUCAAUAAGAAACCCUGGCAACUCUAUCAUUCACAAAUGGAACCGCUGAUAUUCGUUGACAAUGUGUCAGCUGUCGAGCCUCCAGUCGUAGGCGACCUGCCAUGGGGAACCACCGUCGAUGUAAUCAUCCAAAACACAGUCGAUGAAGUUAUGCCAUUCUACAAGCACGGCGAUCCAAUGUUUUUGAUAGGCUCGAAUCCCAACGAAACAUGGAAGUGGGACACAGCCGAGGCUGCCCUAGCAGCCGGAACCAAGCACCUCAACGUGCAAGAUCCCCCACUGCAGCUAGUACACGACGUGCCACCCCUGGGCUGGGCAGUGCUUCGAUGGAAGAUUCAGGUUCGUGGGGCUACUAUGCUACACUCCAACAAGUUCAAAUACUAUGCGAUGGGAAUGUCCGUACCCUUGCUUGAGGGCAUGGAUUCAGACACGUGGAGGGAAGUGCCAGAGUAUGUGAAGGGUAUGCCGCAUGUUGAGUUUAAGCCAAAGAAUGAUGGCGUUUUCGGUUAA